ACCUGAAUGUCAUCAGAGUUUGAUCAUGGAAGCAAAUGUGAACAUUCACACUGAGAAAUCAUGGAAAUGUGGGGAUUGUGGGAAGGGGUUCAAUUACCCAUCCCAGCUGGAAAUUCAUCGACGCAGUCACACUGGGGAGAGGCCGUUCAUCUGCCCUGAGUGUUUAAAGGGAUUCACUCGAUCAUCCCACCUUCUGGAACACCAGCGAGUUCACACAGGGGAGAGGCCAUUCACUUGCUCUGAAUGUGGGAAGGGAUACACUCAGUCAUCACACCUACUGGAACACCAGCGAGUUCACACUGAUGAGAGACCUUUUAAGUGCCCAGAUUGUGGGAAGUGCUAUAAAUGUUCUGGAGAAUUGAUGUCCCAUCAGCGUAUUCAUUCUGACGAGAGACCGUUCAGGUGCUCUCACUGUGGGUCUGGCUUCAGGCGAUCAUCACAGCUCACUGUACACCAGCGAGUUCACACCGGGGAGAGACCAUUCAGCUGCUCAAUGUGUGGGAAAGGAUUCGCUCACUCAUCCGAUCUGCUGAGACACCAGCAAGUUCACUCUGAAGAGAGACCUUUUAAAUGCCCAGACUGUGGGAAAUACUACAAAAGUUCUCGAGAACUGAUGUCCCAUCAACGUGUUCACACUGACGAGAGACCGUUCAGCUGCUCUCACUGUGGAAGUGCAUUCAGACGAAUGUCUGACCUCACUGUACACCAGCGCUCUCACACGGGAGAGAAGCCAUUUACAUGCUUCAAAUGUGGAAAGGGAUUCACCAGGUCAUCUAACCUGAUGAAACACCGGCGAGUUCACAAUGGGCAGAAACCUUGGACAUGUGGUGACUGUGGGAAAGGAUUCAUUUCCCCAUCGAGGCUGGAAACCCAUCGUCGCAUUCACACUGGGGAGAGGCCAUUUGCCUGCACUGAAUGUGGGAAGGGAUUCACUCAGUUAUCCAACCUGCUGAGACACCAGCGAGUUCACACUGACGAGAGACCAUUUAAAUGCCCAGAGUGUGGGAAGUGCUAUAAAAGUUCUGGGGAACUGAUUUGCCAUCAACGUGUUCACACCGAUGAGAGACCGUUCAAGUGCUCUCACUGUGGAACUGGGUUCAGAUGGUCAUCUCAACUCAUUGAACACCAGCGAGUUCACACUGGGGAGAGGCCAUUCACGUGCUCCAAGUGUGGGAAAGGUUUCACUCAUUUAUCCAACCUCCAGACACACCAGCGUGUCCACAUUGGAGAGAAACCGUUCACUUGCUCUGACUGUGGGAAGGGAUUCACUCAAUUAUCCCACCUACUCACGCACCAGCGAGUCCACACUGGGGAGAGGCCAUUCACCUGCUCCGAGUGUGGGAAGGGGUUCACUGCCUCAUCCAUCCUUAUGGCGCAUCAGCGGGUUCACACCGAUGAGACCCCGUUCAGGUGCUCUCAAUGUGGGACUGGGUUCAAACACUCAUCAAACCUCACUGUACACCAGAGAGUUCACAGUGGGGAGAGGCCAUUCACCUGCGCCAAGUGCGGGAAGGGAUUCACUCAGUCCUCUCACUUGCUGACACACCAGCGGGUUCACACUGGAGAGAGACCAUUCACCUGUUCCAAGUGUGGGAAGGGAUUUACCUGUUCAUCCCACCUACUGAGGCACCAGCGAGUUCACGAGUAACUGCAAUGAUUGGAUGAUGUUAAUUCAGACACUAGAAUGGUUUAAUGUUGAUAAGGAAGGGCUGUUGGAUCUGAUGGCUGCCCUUAAACUUAAGGCACUGGGACUGGAUGAGAUGUAACCAAUGACACUGAGAGUAAGCAAGGGUUUAAACUGGAGAGGCUGCAGCCAUAAUUUUUCAAUCUUCCUUACACUUGGGUGGUUCCAGAGGACUGAAAAAAUGCAAAUUCUUUGUUAUCCCCUUGUCCAACAAUGAAUGUAGAGACAAGCCCCGCAGGUACAGGUUGAUCAGGUUAAUUUUGUUGGUUGGGAAACUUUUAGAAGUACGCAUUUCAGGUCAAAGUAACAUGGAGCAUUGCUGGUUAAUUAGGGAGACUCAUGAAUUUCUUAGGGCAAAAUCACAUUUAACCAACUUGCUGGAGUCUUUCGAAGAGGUAACCGUGUGUUGAAGAGGGCAUUGCUAUUGAUGCGGUGUACAUGGGCUUAUGUGCAAACUUAGAGCUGAUGAAUUAAGAGCGGCAGUAACAACAUGGAUACAGAACUGGCUGAGUGGGAGGAAACUGACAGUAGUGUUUCACGUGUGUUUUACAAGCUGCAGGAACGUUUGGAGUGGAGUUCUCCAAGGGUCAGUAUUGAGACAUUUGUUUUUUCAUAGAUAGUCAUAAAUUGAUUAUAAAAAAACCUCAAUGUAUUAAACAGCCCAACCAUCAUUAAAUAUAAAUACGAUUAAUGCUAUAAUCAUGUGAUUUGACCUAGCAGUAAGCUUCCAAAAAUUUCUUCAGAAGUCCCCAAGUCAGCAGGACAAUCAACAGCUUAUGUACCUCCUAAGGUGACUGGAAAUGUUAAUUGUGAUAUAAGCUGCCAUAAGACAGAUUGUCCCCAAUGAAAACACCAAACGCAAAAGAAUUGUAAGUUAUCUGUCUCCUGUAAGAUGUUAAUAGCUUUACUAAAUCUCUGAGAUUGUCCAAUAUUAGUUGCUUAUUUGCAUUGCGAGACUUUGUCUUGAUGGUAAGUGUUCCACUCCUACUGCCACCAUCCCUAAAAGAAAGGGCUUCGUCACAUGAUUCCCAUGUUGCUGAACUCACAUGCCUUCCACAGUUUUGAAAUAGCUGUCAGUAAAAUGGUCAAUGUUGCUUCAUACAGCAUCUAUUGUUGAUAGCCAAACUCUUAACCCCAGUGAUGAAGGUAGAACUUCUCACCUGUAAAAAGCAGCCAGCAAUCAGUAUUUGUGCUCUUUGCAAGUACUUCCACUGAAAUGGCAAAGUAGAAUUUACAUCUCAGCACUAUUCCUCAGAUAACAUUCAAGGACAUUUUAAUGGGAAUAAACUGUUUACAGUUCACAAACUGCAGGCUAGCCAACUAACUGCUCUCACAAAGGAAUUCCAGACUCCUAACCCCAAACUACAGACAUUGAUAGACUGCUGUGCCUCAGUUGUGUUUGUAUUUAAUUUGUUGCUAAUUGACAAAUGUCUUUAUUCUUUUUGAUUUGUAUCUCCUCUUGCAUGUUUUUGAUUGUGCCGGUGUUGUGAAUUAUCCCCUCUCUGGCAUC